AGCUGACUUAUCAGCUGUUCCCUUGAACCAACCCGUAGUUGGGCAAAACUCACGUAGCUCUGAAAUCUGAAAUCAGAAAACCUCUGUAAAAAUUCCCUUAAACAUAAGUAAACUAAAAGAAAUAAAAAAAAACAAGAGAAAUAUGAGCCCAAUCAGUGCGGAAGACAAACUGAACUAUGUGAAGUCAAAGAUUGGAGAGUAUCCAAACUUUCCGAAGGAGGGCAUACUAUUCCGUGACAUUUUUGGAGCCCUCACCGAUGCCAAGGCCUGUGUUUAUCUGAGGGAUCUGCUGGUGGAUCACAUCCGGGAAAGUGCAUCGGAUGCGGAGAUCAUCGUGGGACUGGAUUCCCGUGGCUUUCUCUUCAAUCUCCUUAUAGCCACUGAAUUGGGAAUAGGAUGUGCCCCGAUUCGCAAGAAAGGCAAGCUGGCCGGUGAAGUAGUUUCUGUGGAAUACAAACUGGAGUAUGGUAGUGACACUUUUGAACUCCAACGUUCCGCCAUCCAGCCUGGUCAGAAAGUCGUAAUCGUAGAUGAUCUACUAGCCACAGGUGGUUCUUUAAAGGCUGCCUCCGAGUUAAUUCGCAAGGUGGGUGGCGUCGUCGUCGAAAACCUGGUGGUUAUGGAACUAGUGGGCCUGGAGGGUCGCGAAAAGCUGGAUGGAAAGGUACAUUCCCUCAUCAAGUACUGAAAAGAAAUCAAAUAGAGACGAGACGAAGUCCUUCCUCAUUUGCAUUUACAUAUUACCCCUUAAAGGGGCUUUUCAACUAGCAAAUUUUUAUAACAGCUUUGAAAUGUUAACAUUUUAUGAAACAGAGGCGUAUUUUUAUAAUGGAAUAUAUUUCAAAUCGAUAACAGAA